AUGGAUGCACCAUCCCUGAAACCAUGGCUGGACAUUGCGAUUUGCAUCUCGUACAUCUCCAUCCCAUUGCAGCUGAUCUUCAUGGCAACUCGAAAAGUCCAAGCUGUUGACUUCAGGAAGAUUGCAGGAAGCAUGACGAACGAUGAGCUGGCCACAAGCCGGUUGCUGCUCUUCGUGUUUGCUCUGUUCAUUCUUUGUUGCGGAUUUGGCCAUGGAAUCCAUGCACAAAAGGCCUUCAGCCCGGAGUCUUUGAUUAACGUGAUGGAAGCACCUGUGCACAUCAUGACCGCUGUAGUAAGCAUGGUUGCGACAACACUUCUCGCCGUCAGCAUUCCAAAGUGCGCAAGGUUCUUUGACUCCAUCGAGAUCCAUCGAAAAGGCUACCUCAAAGUUGUCUUGGAGGACAUGGAGCCGGGUCGAGCUGGUGGAAACAUGACUUCUGGGCGCCCCGAGGAGGCUGAGAGAGACCUACGAAACAAGGUGGCGGUGCUCGAGAAGAAGCUGCAGAACUUGACCUUUGGACAGAGCGUGUCUCAGUCCGUGCCGAACAAGGAAGGUGGCGAGGGUGUCGGAUCAGAGGUCAUCGACACGAUUCACAACACCUGUUCAGAGCUGGCCCAGGACCUGCAACCGCUGCCCAAUCUGCUGGGUAGCUGCUUUGCCUCCAGCCGUCAGAGUCCUCGUCGCGAUCAGCUCAACCGCCUCAGCCAAACACAGAUUUUGCAAAUUAUCUCGGCCACGUACGUGCUGCGAAAGGCGCGACCAAAUUGGGGAACCUAUCCGGAGGAGACUUGGGGCGACUUCUGCAGCUUGCUCAAGCGCAUCCUUCGCAAGAAGUUGGCUUCGAGAGCCGGCAUCGCCCCCGAGCUCUGGCUGGAGAUUUGCGAGUGGUGUGCCUCUUUGACAAGCUCAGAGCUUCACAGCAUCUUGGAGACCGUGCUCGCCUUUGCUGGCUCGCCAAAGAGUCAUCAUGUUGUGAAGCUUGCCAAUGUGCUCACAGCCGGAAAGCCACAUCGGCAGCUGGGCACCAAAGUGGUGACUUUUAAAUGCUCUCCGGGCCAAACGUGCUGGGACAUCCCGAGCCUACUUUUUUGUGCGGAAGUGCGCUACCGGCGCUUCCCAAGCGAGGACGUCACCGGUCCGGCCUACAGAAGCCUGCCAUCCUUCUUGCUCGUUGAUUUGGAGGAGUUGAUGUGGCUUAAAGUCUUAGAGGGUUGUACUUGUGUCCGAGAAACAAGCUGCGCAGGGAUCGCAUUGGUGGUCGUACAGUUUCACGGUGCAGGCGCCCUGCGUUGUCGACUCCGUCAGCAGACGUGGACCCAUGUCCUCGACUUCCGCUCUGUUGGAGCAAUAGAUCUGCCUCUUCAGACUAGAAUGGCUCGCCCCCGUUAUCGACACAAUGAGCCGAUGCCGCCUGCGAAAGGCCGAGGACGUGCUCGCUCCGAUCGCUCCCCGCCGGGCGAGAGCCGCGUAAGGCAUUUACGCGAGGAGUUCGAACGAGAGCGCUCUCGUUCACACUCGCGAAACCUCCGCCCAUCACAAACGCAGCUACGUGACGCAAUUGAGGAUCUUAAUCGGCAGAUCCUCGAUCUUGACAUUCCGUCAGAUCAUUUGCAGACACAGUGGCACAGGAUACUGUACUUGCGCGAGCGACUUGUCAGCCAUCGGCUUAACAAAGCUGCGAGAAGAACUACUAGUGUUUCUCAAUAUCAGCAACCUCCUGCACAUCCCCUGAAGGCCCCAGCCAGAGAUUGCCGGCAGAACAACUGGAUAGGGAAACUGCAGGAGCUGUACGCGAAGGCGACGCAAAGACCUAUCCAAAAGGGUGACAUUCUAUUCAGUACCCAGGAAGUGACCACGCCAACUACGCCAACUUCGAAAGAGUUUCGAUCCGUCGUGGAGGCGCCCAAUUUUCGAUACCCGUACCAUGGGGAACUGUGUCACACAAAGAAACUGGCCGAACAUUCAGCCGCGUAUGCUGCCAUUUGUUCCGAGUUUCCUGAGUUCGAUCCUCGCCAACCUGAGCGGACAAAACAACAACAACGCUUCAAGAGCAACUUGCACGAGGAGGUGAAGGCGCGAGUUGACCGAGAGAUCACUCGCGAGGAUUUACCCUAUGACACACAAAGCUUUGAGCAAAGCGGGUCCAACGCCUGGCUGUACCGGUCCACAGUUACCUUGCGGUGCCUCGACGGCUCAACGUACACCGGCCACUGGCAGCCGACGCGCAAGCUCGCGGAGCAGUCUGCUGCCGAGGAGGCUCUCGCGGCCCUUCCCGACGCGAAGAGAGACGAAUGGAAGGACAUGAAGCGACAACAAAGAAGACAGAAAGCACGUGAGCGACGUGAGAGCAAGGCCAACGUGCAGAAGUUCGCCCCAAGAGAGGAUGAGGAGGAGUCCAGCUACAGCUCCGAGUCAAGUGAUGAAGGGGAGGAAGAAGAAGAUGGACUUCCAGAAGCGCCUUUCUCGCUGCGUCCUCCAUGGACCUCGUCCUGUCGCCCGGCGCAGGAAUUUCUGGAGUUUCUGCCGAUUAUCUUUGAUUUCUUGCGGCACGCUGCUCUGGUGCGGGAUAGUCAGACACAGCCGGAGCGGCGCAGGCUCAAGUCAGGGCGUCAAGCUUCACGCAUGGACUUCGUACUGCUUUCGGACUGCAUUUAA